GGGGAUUCAAUAGGUAAACCCUGGCAACCCAGAUCAAAUUAGCUGAGCCAGACAACGGCUGUUUAACCUAGCAGCUAGCUACCUCUGUUCGUUUGCACAGUCAAUAGAACAACCGUGCUACAUAUAUAGUCUGCUUCAGGAUCAUGUCGGCAAGUGACAACGACUCUGUCGACUUGACCAGAACAGGCUCCCCAGUUCAUCACAGGAAAAAACGCAGCAUGGAGUCAUCCAGAUCUCCCAGAAGCUCCAAACACCACCAUUCACGAUCAAGGUCACGCUCCAGGGAACGAAAACGUGACAGAAAAUACAGACGGAGUCGCAGCAGGAGCAAAGAGGCACGAAAGAGGGACUCUCAGAAGCCAUCAAAAUUGCACAGAAAAACAGACGAGCAGCAAGAGCCAGAGAGACUUUCAGCAGAGAAUGGAGAGGAGCGAUCCAGACGCAAAGACAGGAGGCCCUCCAAGGGCCGGAGCCCGUCCAGGUCACACUCACGAGAGAGGCGGCAUCACAGCAGAAGUAAGGACAAACGGCGUUCACGGUCACGCAGUCGGGACAGGAAGAAGAAGGCCAGGUCUCGCUCAGGUUCAAGGACCAAACACCGUCAUCAUAGCAGAAGUCGCAGUAAGAGCAGGGAGCGAAAGAAAAGAAGUGAGAAAGUGCGCAGAAAGAGCCGAAGCAGGUCUGUUAAUCCACCUGCCUUCCGGGGCCGAAACACAGCUAUGGAUGCACAAGAGGCCCUGGCCAGAAGGCUGGAGAGAGCCAAGAAACUACAGGAGCAAAAGGAGAAGGAAAUGUUUGAGAAACAGCAGCAGCAACAGCAGGAGAUAGCUGCAGUGGCUGCCCCUAUUGCAGCAGUAGCUGCUGCUGCAGCAGCAGCCGCCUCAAACCCUGGCCUCAAUGUGGCGGCCCUCCUGGCCUCUGGGACGCAGGUCACACCUCAGAUUGCUAUGGCAGCGCAGAUGGCAGCCCUUCAAGCAAAAACACUGGCAGAGACUGGUAUUGCUGUGCCCAGUUACUAUAACCCAUCCUCUGUAAACCCCAUGAAGUUUGCAGAGCAGGAGAAAAAGAGGAAAAUGCUAUGGCAGGGAAAGAAGGAGGGGGACAAGUCCCAGACAGCUGAGCUGUGGGAGAAGCUAAACUUUGGAAACAAGGACCAAAAUGUUAAAUUUCGCAAACUAAUGGGUAUUAAAGGAGAAGAUGAUGCUGAAGCUUCUAAACCAAUUAACGACGAAGGCAUGAAGACUCUUCAAAAGCAGGAGGAGAUGUUCAGGAACCUUGACGUUCAGUAUGAGAUGGCUCGGUCUCAGACACACACCCAGAGGGGAAUGGGCCUCGGCUUCUCCUCCUCAUUCUCACGUGGAAUGGAUUCUAUCUAGUGCCAAACAUUGGCUGUCUUUGCCACUCAUUUGAUCAUAUAGGACCACCAAUUCAUCGCUAGCACUCAAGCUUGCAUGGAUGUUGCUCUCAAUCUGAAAUUUAUUUAUAGACAAACAUCUCACAUAUUGGAACAUUAUAGUGUAAAUAGCCAGAUACUGAGUUUGUCUCAGUGUUAAAUAAUCUGUACAUCUUUGCAAAAGGAUGCAUCAGUUUGACUGACUGAGACUGGUUAAAAUUAGAUAUUUGUUUGAAUAAUGUGGUAGCUUUUUAAAAAAACUCAAAUAUAUAUUGAUGUGUGAUUGUUUGAACAUAAACUGAAUAUGAUGUGAUUCAAGUGAACACAGUUUACAUCCAUCUAGUGAAAGGCAUCUGAAGUCAAUGUAGCAUUAUCAGAAUCCUUCAGUUUAAUUUCUCCUGAUUGGGGGGGAAACAACAGUGGGUUGUAAUACAUAUUGUCUUCAGGAUUGUCAUGGAUAAAGAUGUGCUUGAGAGGAGUAAUCACAUAUUUCAAAUGUUCUUGAAAUAAAUUAGUUUUGUGUUGAA